CCUUUACUCGCACCUUCUACAUUCUGUACCCAUCGCAACAUUCUGCAUCCCAGUUUUGUCACCAUGGCAGAUGCUUCUGGCGUCGGAUCCUCAUCCUCGACCAUGGCAGGACCAUCCUCACAGCUCGCCGACCCUUUCUCCUCCUCCUCUCAUCUGGCUGGACCACCCUUCGAUCUCCUUGGACUCCCCCUCUUGCAUCUCCUCUCCCUACACCCACUCGCCUCAGUACACGGCUCCAUCCUCCCGCUCCUCUCCGAUGUUCUCCACAACUACCUCUCGCUCAUCUGCCGCAUCACAGGCCAGUCUGCUCGCCAUGCAGGUCGGACGUCCAUCAAUCCCUGGGACGUCGUGACCUGCCUUGAUCAGGUGGGGCCCAUUGAGGAUCUGCAGGACAUGAAGAGGUGGAUGAGCAGCGAAGAGAGAAAGGAGUGGGGUGAACGCAUGGAGGCAGGAUUUGGUACUGGCAGUAGUGGCGCAAAGGCUAGAGAGGACUGGGAGACUCGCAAAAUGGCAUUGAGGCUGGCUGUCAAGCGAAGGUCCAUCAGUGAGGUCGCCAAGGGCAAAAUGAGGUGGAUGACUCUCCGUGAGGACGAGCUGGCACUCUAUCAGGAGCUGCAGACUGUAGAGGAGGAUCGACUCAAAAUAGCUAGCCGGAGUCGGAGAAGAAGGAGAAAUGGCUCUCCAUCGGGAGGCGCCAAGAGGAGUAGAACGUCCGGGAGCACAAGUCAGGGCUUCGAGCGAGCUUACGAAGAUGCAGGCAACAGUGAUGGAGAGAAGAGCGGCAGCGAUACAAUGGAAGGAUCUGAGGACGAAAAUGAUGAUAAUGACGACGGUCUCUCUAUUGCGACUGGACGGACAAGCGUCUCGCCUGCUCCAGACCUCCUUCCGUCAGAUGAGGAGCUAUACAAGGGGAGGUCUUUGCAAAACGGACAUUCACCUUCAAGGACACGGAUCUGGUAUGUUCCAUCUUUCCUACCUCCCUUUCCAGGCCAGGAAGACGGACAACCGCGCGCUCAUGAGCAACCAAUCGCAACGGAGGCAUCGAUAUCCGGUACAACGGAAGGAAGGACAGCCAAUGGCAGUCUGGCGCCAGUCGACGUCGACGAUGGAGACGUAGUACACCCUGCUUCAGGUCCUGAAGCCAGCCCUAUCCCGGACGCCUCUUCUGCAUCUUACUUCGCCGGACCGACACCCUUUGCAGCAUCUUCGCUCUUCAAAGCAGAAGAGGAUGGAACACAAUUGCCGCCUCUAGAUACAUUCCCUUUCUUACCCGACAAUGGUGGAUCCGCCAGGACGCCGUCUUCAUCGCAUUCCGCCUUCGUCGAUGCGUACACGUCGCUCUCCUCGUCUGGGGAGACACCAACUCUACUGCCACAGACGGUUCACAGACGGCAGAUAGCUCUUCAAUUGUCGCAGCCAUCCAACUACGCCCCGAUGGAUACGCUAUACGGCGGUAUCAGCGCCCGCCCCUCCGCCAUGCCUUUCACGCCCAAUGCUUCUCACCUCAUUACCCUUCCCGCCAAUGGAGGCGCCCCUCGCUUCACGCCUACCAGACCCAAAGGCAGGCCGCUGGAGCUUGCUUCCUCCUCGGGCGUCAGCCACCCCAUCUUCGGGUACCGCAAGCCAGCCCACUCACUAGGCAGAUUGGCAAGAAAUCUCCUCGCCGGCGCACCAGUCGUGAGCGUCCCUCGUCCCGAGACAGGGUCCUCGACCAAUGCGAACGAUCUAGCGGCAACGAUCACUUCUCUCAACCCAGAGGGCCUCUACACGCCUCCCCUCUCGAUUCUGCAUCGCUCCCUGCAUAUCAUGGAUCCACCACCUUUGCGGGACGAAGGGUACGUGGAGCGCGUCUUCAGAGGUGCGGCUCUCAGUGGCGAGGAGGGUACACUGACGCGCGGAGAGAAUUGGUUGAAGGCAGGAGUGGACGCGGUCGAGGUUGCGAGUGGGGAGAAGGUCAAGAGUGGAACGUUGGUGUAUACGUGGGAUUGGGUGGGGAGGGAGUGUACGAAGGAGGGGGCGGAUUGAAAACGGGGCUGUGAAGGUGACAAUUGGAGCUUGUGACUGGACCGGGUAGAAAAGGCGGCGCUGUGUGAACGACAGCUUUGCAAUUGUAGAGGCACUGUUCCAGCAGGCUGGCGCAUCUGGUCUCCUUUAUCAUCUCCAUACAUCCUCAUGCAAACAGUCUUUUGAGUCGCGAUCUGAGCAUUGAGCUUGCUCUCACUGCGCCCAACGUCGCUCACACAAAGUCUGCAACGAUG